GUUGGAAGCCCCUACCGACCAUUAGAGUUUUUGUCGAUAAAUACCUUUCCCUCUCUCUUGAAUUAUUUCAAGGGUUUGCGUCCAUUAUUGUCCUUUCCAAUUAACUCCAACCUUAGAAUCCCUCCACCCACACCAUGUUCUGUUACAUUGCUUUGAUCAUAAACUAUUUCAAGUUGGCCUGGAAUUUGUUGCUUAACCAUUCCAUGUUCCCCAACAUCUACAACAUGCAGUCAUAUCCACCAGUUGCUGCCGCCAUUGUUGUUCAGCAACAGCUUGGUGUCGUCCGACACACCCGGGGCGACGACCAAGAGGAAGUUGCUUGUGCAGUUUGCCUAUGCAAAAUCGAAGAAGAUGAUGAGAUGAGAGAGUUGAGAUGCAAUCAUCUGUUUCAUAAGGAAUGCUUGGAUAGAUCGGUUGGAGUUAGUUAUGGCUUUUCAUCCACUUGUCCCAUUUGUCGCACUUCAUUAACUCCUGCUAAACUAGUUGCCGGUGUUGAAAUUCUGGUGUUUAACUGUUUCAGUUUCGACUCCCGCCACCUCCGUCAUAACUGGUGGCUCCGCUAAGCUUAGCUGAAACCCUCCAGCAGCUCUACUUUUACCAGUAUUAGUAGUUAGUAUGCCUCAGUCAAAUUUUUAAGAAAUGUAGCAAACUUGUACGGUUCUGUAAUAUAUAUAUAUAUAUAUAUAAAUAUCUGUUAUAGAAAAAUUAAUAAAACAAUAAAUAAAAAGGAUGAAAAUACGAGAGAAUUUUAUUA